AUGAAACGAGGAAGAACAGGUCUUUCCACUAAGUGCCCCACCUUUCCACUACACGAGGAGCGGGCCAAGAGGAAGAAGCGUGCGGCUUCCAGCUAUGUGUUUGCCUCCGAGCACGACUGGGGGAGCCUUCCGCACCACAUCGUCCUGCAGAUCUUCCAGCAUCUGUCCCUGGUGGACCGGGCCCGGGUCUCCUCCGUGUGCCGCCGCUGGAACGACGUGUUUCACACCCCUGACCUGUGGCGGAGGUUUGAGUUCGAGCUCAACCAGCCGGCCACGUCCUACCUGCGCUCCACCCACCCUGACCUCAUUCAGCAGAUCAUCAAGAAGCAUGCCCAGCACCUGCAGUAUGUCAGCUUCAAAGUGGACAGUUGCACAGAAUCUGCAGAGGCAGCCUGCGACAUUCUCUCCCAGCUGGUCAACUGCACCAUUAAGACCCUGGGGCUGAUCUCGACAGCUCGGCCCAGCUUCAUGGACGUGUCUCAGUCCCACUUUGUGUCCGCGCUGACAGUGGUGUUUGUGAACUCCAAGUCCCUGUCCUCCAUCAAGAUUGACGACACCCCGGUGGACGAUCCGUCCCUUAAGGUCCUGGUUGCCAACAACAGUGACACCCUUAAGUUGCUUAAGAUGAGCAGCUGUCCUCACGUCUCACCAGCUGGUAUUUUGUGCGUGGCAGACCAGUGCCACGGCCUCAGGGAGCUGGCGUUGAACUACCACCUCCUCAGCGACGAGCUCCUGCUCGCUUUGUCGUCAGAGAAACACGUCCACCUGGAGCACCUGCGCAUCGACGUGGUGAGCGAGAACCCGGGCCAGACGCACUUCCACACCAUCAAGAGGAGCAGCUGGGAGGCGCUGGUCCGACACUCGCCCAAGGUCAACAUCGUCAUGUACUUCUUCCUCUACGAGGAGGAGUUCGAGCCCUUCUUCCGCGAGGAGACCCCAGUCACACACCUGUACUUUGGGCGGGCGGUGAGCAAAGAGAUGCUGGGACGCAUCGGGCUGAACUGCCCCCGCCUGGUGGAGCUGGUGGUGUGCGCCAACGGCCUGGAGCCCCUGGACGAGGAGCUGAUCCGGAUCGCGGAGCGCUGCAAGAGCCUGACGGCCAUCGGCCUGGGCGAGUGCGAGGUGACCUGCAGCGGCUUCGUGGAGUUUGUGAAGAUGUGCGGGGGCAGGCUGACUCAGCUCUCCAUCAUGGAGGAGGUGCUGAUCCCAGACAGCAGCUACAACAUGGAGCAGAUCCACAGCGAGGUGUCGAAGCACCUCGGCCGCAUGUGGUUCCCCGACAUGAUGCCCACCUGGUAGCUCCGACUCCGAGCCAGGACUGCGUGAGCCUUCAGCACCGUCA